AUAAAGCGAACGGUCGCGAUUUGCCACGUCGCAGUCCAUCGUACCCACCCGGACCAACCAGAACCUCAACCCAACUCAAGUGUGAUUUUUCUGUGUGACCAGUUCAAAUCUCAAGCAAGAAGUGUCGAAGAGAAUGUCCUCAACGGUUGGUGUGGUGCUAGCUGCUGUCCUGUGUGCGUUUUGUCUGCGAUUGUUGCACGGAGUUCCGGUUCCGGUACUGGAUGACGAAGCUGCUGCUGCCGAGGAUGGAGUGCAUCCGCUGAAUACACUGUUUCAUCCGGACAUUGGGGACGGGUUCGAGACGGACGAGUCGCUGUCGAGCAACAGCACCAACGGAACGCACAAAGAUCUAUACGUCAUCAAGGCCGUUGUAUACGAGAUCGGUAUCCUAGUGGACGAACCGGACAACGACACGCUCGAAGUUGGUGACGAACCCAUUUCUGAACAACAAGUGGACCUCACGUUUUUCACCCACAACGCCAACAAAACUCACAUCAACCUCGGGGACAUCCCCCUCCCGGUGGCCACCAGCGUGCACGGCCAGGUGCUAACCGGAAUCGCUCCGGUGCACAUCGGUGCCGUGUCCAACCUGCAGGACGUGCUGGCAACGCUCCCCAUUACGGGAACGAUCGUCAACAUUACGCAAACCAACUCCUCGUACAUCGAGCUCUCGAAGCAGAACAUCAGCGACCUGCACGAUUCGGCCAACAUCAUAAGCGUGGCCGAUCUGGCCAAGCUGCCCAUCGAGUCCGCGAACCAGCCGCUGAUACCGACGUCGCUGGACCAAACCAUCGCCGGGCUGGCGGCGUCUUCCGGAACCACGGACUAGGAGGGUGACGCGCGCGCGUUUGCUAGGCUAAUUAGAGGUUAAGUGUGAUGCUGUGAGCGGGUUGUGAUUUUUUCGCGUUUUGUGUGAAAAAUAUACCAGCGUGAAUAUCGUG